GGAGAAUCACAAAUCACAAUAUUUGAACGUUUCACUAUAUCAUACACAUUUUACAAGCCCUAGAUUCAAAUCCCCAAAUCCCCCUUUCUCCUAGGGUUUCGCUAGUUGAUUCCAUAUCCAAAAUCCAAUUCACCAAAUCAAUUUAGUCCAAAUCAAUUCCACUUUUCACCAAUCUAGGGUUCCUCAAAUCAAUGUAACACCCUAAUUCAUCCAAAUCAAUCGAAUCCAAUCCAAGUCAAUCCUAUUUUCACCUUUAAUGGCAUCAACAUCAUCAUUAUCAUCAUCUUACAAUGAAGAUUGAGUGUUCUGGUUACAAUUCGCUGUGUUUAUCAUCAAAUUUGGUGUGUUUAUUGUGUAAUUCGGUUUGGAUCUGUUGUGUUGUGGUUGUGGUGGAUCGUGAUGGCGGCACCGAGGAUUCAGGUGGCGGAUCACGACAGAGAUGUGGAGAUGGCGGAGGAUUCACCGACUAGUAAGAAGCCGGUAGGUGUUGAAUUUGAGCGGAGGUUUCCGUUGACUCGAUCGGAGUUUGCGGUGGCGUUCGCUGUGUUUUUUGUGUUUGCUAGUGGUUUGUUUUGUAUUUAUCAGACAAUGCCAGCUGCAGAGUAUGGGAACCUUAAGCUGCCUCGGUCGGUUUCCGAUCUGCGGAUCCUCAAAGAACAGCUUGGAACGUAUGCAAGCAUUCACCCAACAAAGUUCAUGCUGGGCUACUGUUCCACAUACAUAUUCAUGCAGACAUUUAUGAUUCCCGGAACCAUUUUCAUGUCGUUACUUGCUGGAGCCCUUUUUGGUGUUAUUAAAGGCAUCUUCUUGGUUGUCUUUAAUUCCACUGCUGGUGCAUCAUCUUGCUAUUUCCUCUCAAAGCUAAUCGGAAGGCCUAUUGUCUACUGGCUAUGGCCCGCAAAGUUAAAAUUGUUUCAAGCAGAGAUAGCAAAGCGUAGAGACAAGUUGCUGAAUUACAUGCUGUUUUUGAGGAUAACACCAACAUUGCCGAAUCUUUUUAUUAAUUUGGCAUCACCAAUUGUGGAUGUACCAUAUCAUAUAUUCUUUUUGGCUACAGUUGUUGGCCUUGUUCCAGCUGCGUAUAUUACUGUCAGAGCUGGGCUCGCUCUUGGGGAUCUGAAUUCGGUCAAGGAUCUAUAUGGUUUCAAGACAUUAUCCGUGCUUUUCCUCAUUGGGUUCGUCUCUAUACUGCCAACCAUCUUGAAGAGGAAACGGAUAUACGAGUAACUCUUUUUCGAAGGUUGUAUUAUAGUUUCCAUUUUGAAUUAUAUCGGAUAUAAAGUGUUGAUAUGAUGCUGAGCGGGCGCUCUAAUUAGCUAAUAAGCAAAAGAAUAGUUGAAUCCUUUUCAUGUUUAUAUUGAAGCAGAAGAAUUUGAUAGAAUGAGAACUAUAGAGGGGGACAUGUACUUGUUAGAAGACCUAAUCAGGUUUGGACAAAUGUAUUUCUUUGCAAAGAACUAGUUUUCUAACAUUAUGGUAUUUUUAUUUUUGUUUUUAUUUAAUGACUAAUUAUAAUAUAAUUACCGAAUAUGUAUUUUAA